UUGGAAAAGCGUGAAAAGCGGGAACGCGAUGAUGAAGAGGAACGAAAUAGGCUCACGGUAAACUUUGUCAAAUAUUCGCUGGGAUUGAAGCACCAAGUAUGGAAACAGAAGGGAGAAGAAUAUCGGAUCCACGGACAAUGGGACUGGGUAUGGAUGUCGUACGGCCGAAGAAAGAAGAACAAAGCUAGCCGGACACGUAAUGAAGUUGGCCAUGUGCUGAUUCCUAUCGUGGCUGAAGUUCAUAAGAAGCUGCUCAAGUUGGACGAGCAAACGCACAAAGCUUAUCAGGCUUGUUUGGAGGGUGACUUUUCUAGCGAAUUUUCUUCCGGAGAUGAUGCACUAGAUUCGCAGUUAGAAGAAAAAUUCAAACAAAUUGAAACGUUCCCGGUUCCAGAAACUUUUGGAGAAAUUGACGUAUGCAAAGCGCUGUCCAUUCCCGGUGGACGAGCAUUGUACCCAAAAAUCGCUAAAAAGGCGCCAAUUUUGGAUGGUUUGCUUCAACGGCGGAUGGACUUGAAGGAAGCUGAAGAACGUAGAAUUGCAAAAGUAAAACCAGAUGAUGAAGAAAUUGGAGUCAAUGUGAUUCAAAAACCGGACCAGGUUUUGUCACGGCUAGGAACUUGUGUGGAAAAACAAUUGCAAGCUAUUAUCAAUAGCCGAAAUCAGACCCCGAUGAAAGCUCAGGUGGUUUUACAAAAUCGUCCAAAUGCGGAAAAACUUGAAAGUUUGGUACACCAAAUUUUGCCCCUGCGUGAAAAGUAUCAGCAAAUGAGUCAGUCCGCUUAUAAGUGUUAUUCUUUAGAUUGUAACAGCGGCCUGUGUUAUUCGCCAUCAUGUGCAAAGAAAGAGCAACUCAAAGAACAGUUGUAUCCCUUGCUGAAAAAGGUACAAUCAAUCGAGAACAUUCCGCCGGCAAGUCCUGUAGUGGCUGGCAACGUAAAAUCCAUACUGGAACAAAAACUUACAGAAAGCAAAACAGAAAACUUUGAUACUCUGUUGUCUAAUUUCACCAUGUCGCGAUACCGUGCACUUCUGGAUGAUUGGGAACGUGCCCAUCGGAAUCUGGUGGAAUACGACGAACAACUGAUUGAAUCAAUGGUUGAAAGUAAACCGGAUCCCAUACCGGAAGAGCACAACAAUAAUGUCACCAAUGAGGUUGAGAUUAAAACCGAAGAAGCUCCAGACAUGGUCGUUAAAGAGGAAGUUGUGAGCACUGAAAAUGAGCCAAAUCUAAAUGGGUCGGAACAGAUCGAUGAUAGCCUCAAGAUGAACGAAAACUCAAACUCGAUCUCGGAAAAUUCCUGCGAUGAACCGCGAGUCACUCGACGGGGACGUUCAAGGAACAGCAAAAAUAAUUCUAUGGUUGUCGAGGAACCACCGGAAGUAAAAAUAAAAGAAGAAGUACCAAUAUUACCGAAGAGAGAACAAAAGCCGAAUAGAAGAUUCGCUUUACCAUCCAGGAGCAUAAAGAAAGAAGAAGCAGAAGAAAAGGAGGAAGCCCCUGAUGGCAGCACCCGGGUGUACACCGUAAGUUCAACGAAAGGAAGAAUUUAUCUGGUUAAAAGUUUGCCUCCGUUACCGGAAGACAGCAAAACCAAAUCUGAAUGUAAAACUGUUGCCCUGACAAAGCCAAAGUAUCCCAUGGUAAACAGUUUCCGAACCUGGAAUCAAAAUUCCUCGAUUUUGAUGCUGCCGCGACACGAGCUUCUGAAAUUGGGUCGUUUGGGAGGUCGGUUUUCGGUCACUGGAUUCCAUCACCUGGCCAAAAACAAUAAUUCCGUUUGGCCUUAUCCUUGCCCACGGCCGUUGUUCAAGACCUGUUGGCAGUUUCGCACCCUGAAUGCUUCAACGUUGGCUGCCGUAGGUUUACAGCUACGCAUCAUCUGGACCUGUCUCCGGUGGGACGAUAUGGCCAUGAAGCCAGUUACCACCGAUGGGAAACAUCAGGUGACUACAGAAUCCGAGAUUAUGUCUUUGGAGAUUUUGAAGCAUCGAUACGCGGGAGUUUUCAACGAGCGUAUGCAAUAUCUCCGACGAAAGGUUGUCAUUCCACUGGAACUCCCAAAAACUGUUCGAGAGGUUCAAUCGAUACGUUCAGGAUUGCGAAAGCGUAAACGUGCCGAGUCUCCCCAGCAAACCGAACCGCAGGUUACAGAAGAAUGGAUAGACGAAGACAAGCUCGAGCUGUGGGAAAUCAAACUGUACGGAGAUAAACAAGAAAAACUGGCCCAGGCUGCUGCAGCCCAUGCUCAGCACGUCACCAGAACGACAACGGGCAAACUUCCACUCAGCCGACAGUCGACCUCGAAUUCUUCGGCCGAGUCCUCCAAUUCCUCAACCCCUACCAGCAAUGGUAAUAGUGCCUCCAACAAUAUUGUCAACAAAUCCGCCGUUAUCUCCAACAAGGCGUCUCGGGAGGAAAUUACCGAAAAGAUGGAGCAACAACUUAAGAUACAGCGUGCAGCCCACAAUCAGAAGAGGGCAAUGGAAAUUAAGCAGCAGCAAGACAAAGAUGGCGCAACACCGGCAAAACAAACGAUUGUUCAGCGUCGGAUUAUUGUCAAAAAUCCGGAUGGUACCACCAAAGUUAUCCAACAGAGCAUCACUCAACCGGCAAAUAAAGCGGGAAAUUCGGCUACAGCAGCUUCACCCGCCGCUGGUGCUGGUGCAGCUCAAUCUUCAGGAACUCCCGCCAAAUCGGAAGGUUCCGGUCCACAAAAGGUUCAAAUCAUUCGUGGUCCAGAUGGCAAGGUCAGCGUACGUGGUCUUAAUCCUGGCCAGCAGUUGAUCCAAACGGCCGAUGGAAAGUUGCAUGUCUUAAGCGCUGCUCCUGGUUCAAGUCCGGCUGCUAGUAAACAGUCUAUUGCCACAAAGGUUGGUCAGAAGAUAAUAACUAAAGUGCCCGCUGGCUCGAAUGUGGUUGCAACAUCUCCUGCGGCUCCUUCAGCCACUCAACAACAACAACAACCGCAACCAGUCGCGCCCCAGCAGCAGCAGCAACAGAUUAUUCAACAAACGCAACAACAGACUGUAACUCAAUCGCCGGUGGUUCAAAAAUCCCAUCAGCAACAAGUUGCAACAACCACUGUUGUGAGCUCCCCAGCCACGGUAACGCAGCAGUUGUUGGCCAAAUCACCGAACAUUAUUGUUCGCAAUCAAGCCGGACAACCUGUUAAACAAAUCAUCCAGAAACAGGUGGUACAGAAGGUUCAGGCGACUAGUACAACACCUCAAUCAACUACUGUAACGCCUCAAAAGAUCAUCAUUAAUCAGCAGCAAGGAACUGUUCAAAAGAUUAUAACCUCUACUGGACAGAUAAUAGCUACCACAGCUGGUGGUGCUCAGGUUCAGAAAGUUCAGGUUCAAAGUCCCAACCAGCAGAACUUGCAGCAGCUUCUGCAAGGAACAAGUUCCGCCCAAAGCACGAACCAAAGUCCGGUCCAAACUCAGAAGGUUUUAGUAGCUACGACACCUACCGGCCAGACAGUACAGAAACAAAUUUUGAUUCAGAAUGCCAGCCCGGGUGCUCCGCAACAGAUAAUUAUCAACCAAGCGGGAGGCCAGAAAGUUGUUCAGCAAAUUGUAACAUCACCAGGUCAGCAGAUAAUGAUCGGUGGUCAAAGAAUAAUUUUGAACCCAGCCGGGGGACAGAAAAUUAUCAGCCAACAGCCCAUUCAAAUUCAACAAAAUCAGCAAAUUCAACAAAUUCAGCAAGUGCAGCAAAUGCAGAAAGUGCAACAAAUUCAUCAAGUUGUAGCGCAACCACAACAGCAACAGCCUCAACAGAUUCAAAUCCAAAUCCAACCACAGCAACCUGCCCCACAACAACAGGUUCAGCAGGUUCAACAAGUUCAAACUAUUCAAGCGCAACCUACUGCCUUAACUCAAGGACAAAGUUUAGCCCAACAAUUAUCGUCCGGCAAGUUGCAACUUGCUAACCUGAAUGGACAACAAGUCCUUAUUCGACCACUGGGAAAUAAUCAGGCUCAGGUGGUGGCUCACAUCAAAACUCAACCAAACGGAACCGCUCAGAUUAUUCCUUUGGCGAAUGCUAUCGAUCCACCGGCUGCUCCGCCACCACCAGCCCCAGUGGUUCAGCAGGUUGUUCAGGCUGCACCGGUUCAGACCAUUCAGCAGAUUGUGCAACAACAACAACAGCACCAGAUGGUGCAGCAAACGCUGAAUACCUCUGGAGGAUCUCAAGCCACCACCACGACUACCUUCCAACAGCUUGCCGCUCAGCAUCAACCAGAUCCGAUUGAGCAAACACUCCUGCAGGGUCAACCACCGGGUACAGUGAUCAAAUGCGUUACGGCGCAGGUCAUCCAAACCCAGCAAGGCCCACGGAUAGUGCUCCAAGGGCUGCAAGGCUCCGAGUUUACUCCGCAACAGUCUGCUUUGGUGCAGCAACAGGUCAAGCAACAGCUACUAAAAGCUCAAGAGUCUAACGGAAAGCAGGGUGUGUUAGGGCCCACCAAGAUCUACUUGGCCAUCCAACCGUCACAACAGGCGCAAGCUGUGGCCGCCGCUCAGCCGCCACCUCUGGCACCGGUGCAGAUCAAACAUGAAGGUGGAACUACACACAUACAGCUGCAUCAACAUGCUGCUGACUCAACCGUUACGACGACCACCCCGAUGGCAGAAGACUCGGAGUUACCGACAACGGGAUCACUAAUCAGUACCACAACCACUAUCAAGACGGCUGCCAGUACGAGCAACAACGACAGUAAACCACAAAUUCUUUCGAACAUCGUGAUCAAUGGAAGCAAUACUGCAGCCAUCAACCCGAUGGUAAAGAAGGAGCUCCAGAAAGUGCUCGCUAGUAAUCUGAACAAACAGAACGUGCUGAAAAUUCAACAACAGGAACAGCAACAGUGUGAUCUCCAGGUGGUGGAUAUGAUUCCGGGAACCGAGACAAGUGGCACCUUAGUUGUCGGUAAUGAGUCUGUUAAGUCUCCCGAUGAUGAAGCUGAACAAGGUGUCAAAGAAGAAUGCGAGAAGGAUGAUUCAUUUGUCCUGACCCCGGAUUACAUUCAGCAAACGAUAAAAAAUGCCUUGAAACAACAAAACCUGAAUCCUGAAAUCGAAGAGAAACUGUUGAAUCUGCAACGUUACCAGGAGAAACAAAUGAAGACCGAUGAUCGAUCAACAGCAGCCAUUGCUCUUCAGCACAAUUACAGCCAGAUAAGUUCACCUCGGGAGCAUCAUAACACCCCGGUGAAAUCUAAAAAACGACCUUACAAGGGUGAGGACGAUGACGACGAGUGGUUUAUGGAAACGCCGAAACGUCGUCCCGCGAAAUCCGGUAGCAGUUCGGUUAGCUCGGUCGAACGAAAGUUUCCAACAUCAUCCGCCGGCUUCGGAGAUGGACCCAGUGCGGUCAAGAAGCGUACGAUCUCACAAAACGAAACGUCAACUUCGGCAGCGGUGGCCGCCGUUGUUGCUUCAGUUGCUGCGGCUUCUAGUAACAACGCAUCUUCAUCCAGCGGUCCACCCCAGGAUAUGCCCGUUCCGUUGGAAACUGCUGUCGCGACACCUCCGGUACCUAACGCCCGCUCAGAAGCUGCUCGCAAGAGCAACGAAAAGCGGAAACAGCAGCAAACACUGAUGCAGCAACAGCAACGGCAAAAUAAGCUGCAGGUUCAGCUAAACAGGCACAAGGAGCAACUGAAGAAGGAUAUUCUCAAAAAGCGAUCUCUCCUGGAACGGGACCUACAGACGCAGAUACAGAAGGAGUUGAACGUUGAAAUGGCUCGAUGCAAGCAGGAACAGCAGCAAAUCAAGCAGGAGCAUCACCAGCGAGAGCCAACCGGGAAGGGCACGUCUGCUUCUACGGCCGCUACCGGUGCGGCCGAAAAGGGUUCCAACAAGAAAAAACAAAUCUCAUCGGCAUCCAAGGAAAACAACCAGAAAACGCCAAAGCAUGCAAACAAUCCCAACAAGCUGGAAAAGCCAUCAAAGUCCAACAGUAAACGAAUGUCGAAGAAGAAGGAAAAAAUCUACUGCGUCUGUCGGACUCCUUACGACGAUACUAAAUUCUACGUUGGUUGUGAUUUGUGCAAUAACUGGUUCCACGGGGAUUGUGUGGGUAUUUCCGAGGAGCAGUCCAAGGACAUCAGCGAGUUUGUGUGUAGCGAGUGCAAGCAUGCCCGGGAUACGCAAGAAUUGUACUGUUUGUGCAAGCAGCCGUACGACGAGUCGCAAUUCUACAUUUGCUGUGAUAAAUGCCAGGACUGGUUCCACGGUCGCUGUGUUGGCAUUCUGCAGAGCGAGGCGGAGUUCAUCGAUGAGUACAUCUGCCCGAACUGUCAGAUCAACAAUUCGGUCAAUUUUGCCAACAUGAAGUCGCUCAGUACCAAGGAGUUUGAUAAUCUGAAAAAGUUAAUCAAACAGAUACAGCAACAUAAAAGCGCGUGGCCUUUCAUGGAACCGGUCGAUCCGGAAGAAGCCCCUGAUUAUUACCGUGUGAUAAAAGAACCAAUGGAUCUCCAAAAAAUCGAAAACAAAGUCGACAGUAAAAUCUACACAACUCUUUCGGAGUUUAUUGGCGACAUGACCAAGAUAUUCGACAACUGUCGCUACUACAACCCGAAGGAGUCGCAGUUCUACCGGUGUGCCGAGAGUCUCGAGUCGUUCUUUGUGCAGAAAAUCAAACAUUUCCGGGAAAACUUAGUGGAGAAGAAAGCUGGCGCUAGCAGCUCUGCUUCGUAAUGACAACCACGGUCCGGUAAAGUCCGGGAAAUGCAACGCGGUUCUAUCUCAUUUCCAACUUGUGUAUCCUCUUUUCAAAGUUUUAAGUAGCUUACGUUUUUAGAAGAAUCAAACGGUGGAAUGGCGUGUUUAUUAUUCUAAAAAAUAACAAAAAAGUAUCGAAUACAGUUAAGAAUUAUUGUACACAAGUAUGGUUUAGAUUCACCAUCCUGUUUGAAUGAAUCCCAUCGUGAAUAGGAUUUUAGGAGUCGGCAGCAGCUGCCGUGCCACAGAUGCUGACAAAUUUUGAGUAAAUUCUACAGAAGUUGAGAAUAAUAAUUUAUUUUAGCUGCAUUAGGCAUCCAAUCAUAGGGCGCUAUUCACCAUCACCAUUUGUAAAUACCCUAAAAAAAGAAUCGAGGAUUUCUUUGGAAUCAGUCCGUUAACGCGAGAUUGUGUAUUACUAGAACUUUUCCAAUAUACACGACUUUUUUGUAAAUAAAUGUAGAUUCUUUUAUUUUACACAAGGUGGAGAGCAUCGAUGCUUUUCCUGCUUUCCGCAGGAAAACUGUACAUGGAGUUUGUGUUAGUUGCAUAAGAAUUUAAAAAAAAAUGCCUUUCAGAUACAUUUUUUUUCGACGAAAAUUUUUCAUCGCGGAAACCAUUUACAAAUAGUUUGUUCUCGUUACCCCAGAAGAUGAAAUGCAUGCACGCAUGUGGUGGUUACAAGCGCAUCGAGGUUUAAUGUGUCAUUUUGCUCUUGUCAAAUUAGAUUCUAUACUGUUAGUUGAAACUUGUUGAAUGGAUUAUCGCCAAGUUUUAUUCUCUUUUCAAUUGAACACUCUAGAGAGGCCUCCCUCACAGCAUACUUUAGGAAAUCAGAAUCAAGCUUUGCACUUAUUACAGUACAGUUCCGUACAUCCACAAGCAAAAUCAAUGGUUAAGGCGUUCCCAGCAAUUUUUUAUUCUCUUUGUUUUGAUUUGAUGGGCUUAAAAAAAGUAACAUUAACUUAAAACAUAAUUCCUUCAUCUUGAAAAGUGUUUUUUUUGUAAAGUUAGGUCAUGAUUUCGAAGAGAAGCUAAAUCAAUACAUUGUAAGCUAGUACGCGCGCUAAGAGAUCCUGUUUUCGAUAAUUCCUAACAAUUAUUUUCGCUUUAGUUUAGACUCAGUUAGUAAGUAAGCUAGCAUGCGCAAACAAAAAGGAAUAAAGUUUCGCAUAUACAUAGAUACAUCCUAGGUAGUUUCGUUUCAACACUUUACACUAUCCUUUGUUUUCUAGUGGGGCAUACCCGUUAGAAACGGAUUGCCAAUUACUUGCAAAUUUUUAGAAGUACUAAGUGCGUACACACAAUUACACUUUUAUUGUAUACAAAACGAAUAAAGAUUGAUUUAUUUUUUGACAUAAA